AUGUCUCUAAAUUACAUCAAAAACUUCUAUGAAGGAUGUGUUAAACCUCCAACUGUGAUUGGUCAAUUCCACACCCUUUUCUUUUGAUCAAUCCAAAUGUUCUUCCUCAGGGUGCUAGGCUUUGCAGUCUAUGGGAAUGAGGCCUUGCACUUCAGUUGCGAUACAGACAAAAGAGAAAUAAAUCUCUUCUGUUACAAUGAGUUCAGGCCAAUCACUCCACAAGUAAGUUUUUCUGUGUGCUGGACAUUACAACUAGUGAUUGUCCUGGUUCCUGGACCUAUUUUCCAUCUUUAUGCUGCAUGUAAAAGCAUCAAUCAAGAAUGCAUUCUUCAAAAGCCUAUUUGCACUGUAAUUUAUAUACUCUCUGUUUUAUUAAGAAUUAGUCUAGAGGCAAUAGCAUUUUGGCUUCAGAUUUAACUCUUUGGUUUCCAAGUAAAAUCUCUUUACCUGUGUGAUGCUAGAUUUCUUGGGGAAAACAUGAUUAUAAGACGCAUGGUUCCAGAAUACUUUGAAAAAACCAUUUUUCUCAUUGCAACGUAUACAUUUACAGCAAUUACAAUGGUAUUAUGUGUUGCUGAGAUUUUUGAGAUCAUAUUUAGAAGAUUAUACUUUCCAUUCAGACAAUGA